AUGUCGUCGGUUGAAAAUUUGUUUAUGGGUGAAACUGCAUCGAAUGCGACACAAACAACGAAGAAAAUUCGUCGAAUCCGCAAACGCAGAGCCACAAAAUUGUCGUUAAAGAGCGAAGCAGCAAAAACCACGGCAGCCGACAUUGCCUUAUUGACGAUGGAAAAUGCGGAAUUAAAACGCCAAAAUUCCGAACAAACGAAUCAAAUUUCCAAUUUACAACAAAGCAUCGACAAGUUGAACGACAUUUUCAACACACAUCACACUGAUUUCGUGGGCAAAGGCUCUAACUUAAUUACCGGCAAAAUCAUCGAGUUGAGUAAGAGAAAUCGACACCUGUACAGCGAUAUGGAGAUAUAUCGCACGAAAUGCGAGACACUCGAACGCGAAUUGGCAAAAUUGAAAGCGGACACGGGAAAAGACAAAAAACCAAAAAUUGUGAAGCGUGAUCCGAAUGAAUGUGAAAUCCUGAGAGAAAAGCUAAAAACGGUGACAAUGAAACUGCUCGACGUUUCCAAUCAAAAUCAGAAUUUGAAGAAUGAAAUUAAGGUAGCUGUCAAGUGUUUGGAGCAAGAAGUGGGCGAUCACAAACCUCUGCAGAAUAUCUUGAGUAAUGUUGGGGGAUGGCGCGGCAGAGCUCAACAAAUUUUGAAGCUACAAGCAAAAGUUGCGGAAUUGACGAGAAAAUUAAAUGGCACGGAAGAUGAUCCCGCACGAGAGACACAGCGACAAUUGGAAGUGGCUCGCCGGUGUGAAGUUGAGUCAUUGCAAAAGGAAACGCACGAACUCAAAAACACCGUUAAUGACUUGCAAUUUAAACUCACAGCUGCAAAGACACGCAACAAAAUUCUACUUGAUGAAUGUGCCGCGUACCGGGACAAGUGCCAAGGUUUCCUUAACGACCAGAAACGCAGCGAAAAGGAAAUUACGGAAUUAACUGCUCACUUGAGUGCGGUGCGCGCUAAUUACGAGUCUCAAUUGCGGAACUUAACGAAGAAAAUUGAAAUUUCCGAGUCGAAGACGCAAGUGUGUCACACGAGUGUGGAUCAAGUGUUGUGUGAAAUGCACAACAAGAACGACUUGUUGUGCCAAAAGGACUCGGAAAUUUUUAAUUUGCAGCGAGAAUUGGAGACAAUGCAAAAUGACUUGCGAAAAGUGUCGGGAGAUUUUUUGUUUAAUUGUCGCAAUCUCCAAAAACAUCAAUAUUUGGCAAUUUUAAAUAAUUUGGAGGAUGAGAAGAAUCAACUGCUGACUCAGAUUGAAAAAUUGAACGAACGAUUGAACGCGAAACAAGAAGCGGUUUUGAACUUGAAGAACGAAGUCGAGAAACAACGCUUGAAAAUUUGUCGUUUGGAAGGAAAGUUACGAGAUGCUCUAAAAGAAAAGGAACAAAUCUCAUGUAAAAAUCAGCGCCGCAACCGCAUAGAUGCCUAUUACAAAUCAAUUAGCGGCAGUCAGAUUUCCCCGAAUGACGAUAAAAAUUCUGACCACGCAACUCCCGUGGAAGAUACAAAUCUCAAGUUGGAUCUCGCUAAUGAAAGAAUCCAGUAUUUAGAGACAAAAAUACACGAAAUCACGUUAGAGCGCAACACGGACGUCAAGGAACUCGUAAAUAUCAUUCGUUCAUCGAAAAAGUUCAUUUUCGAGGCACUCUCUAACGGAGAAGCAGUCAAAAAAGUAUCGACAAUGCCGAGAAAAGAGGAAGAAAUCGACAAAAAUUAA